UCCAGGGUGAAGGUUCUGGGUCAAGGAGGCAGAGGAUGAGUGGGUGGGCUCUCUGUCAGCUGCAGGUGGUCCUUUACAGCUUCGAGGUGUCAGCGUCAAGAGGUCUCAUUUUCCUUUGUGGACCCGGUCAUGUCCCUCCUGGCCCUGGGAUGACAACAAAAAUCAUUCAUUUUAUGGUCAACGGGAGGCUGGAGCAGGCCGAGUUUGGAGCCGACUGCUCUGCUGCUGACGUCAAAGAUCUGUUCCGGGCGGCUGCAGAAGCCGGUCCUCACCACAUCCUAAAGAUGUACGACACCAACGGCAGCCUGGUGAACAUCUCGCCCCGACUGGAAGCCAACAGUGAGGACUCGUACUACAGACUGGAGGUGGUGGCCACCGAUCUGCAGAGUGUGGGGAUGCCGACAGAGCUGGACGACAUGGAGUCCAGGCUGCAUCACCUGGAGAGUAAAGUCAUCGGAGACGUGGGGAAAACUGCAGACAUCAUGUGUGAGCUGAAGAGCCAGGUGGAGUCUUUCAAGAGGAAGCUGGAGAGUGUGCAGCACCUGAGCUGGAUGGGUCUGUUUAAAGAAGACAGCCAUUGUCAGCUCUCCAGACUGUCCCAGAAACCCACGACGCCGAAGCUGAGCGUGGAGGAGGAGCGCCAACAAGUCCGCAGGAAGUUCAUCAACAUGAGCUCGCUGCAGGUGACGGAGAAAGUGAGAGAGCACCUGAAAACUCCCAUCUUUGAUAACUGGCAGUGGGAGGAGGCCGAGAUGCUGGUGCUCCUCCAGGUGAUGUUCACAGACCUGGACUUCCUGACCGAGUUCCACAUCCAGCUGGACGUCCUGCAGAACUUCCUGUUCGAGGUGUACUGCCACUACAACAGCAUCCCCUUCCACAACUUCCAGCACUGCUUCUGCGUCACUCAGAUGAUGUACGGUCUGAUCUGGCUCACAGACCUCAGGAGUAAACUCUCCAGACUGGACCUGCUGAUCAUGCUGACCUCGGCUCUGUGCCACGACCUCGACCACCCCGGCUACAACAACGUCUACCAGAUCAACGCUCAGACCGACCUGGCCAUACGCUACAACGACAUCUCCCCGCUGGAGAACCACCACUGCGCCGUCGCCUUCGGCAUCCUGUCCAAGCCGGAGUGCAACAUCCUCAAAAACCUGAGCUAUGAGCAGUACAAGCUCAUCCGAGGAGGCAUGAUCAAGUGUAUCCUGGCUACAGACAUGGCCAGACACAACGAAAUCCUCAACAAGUUUAAGACGAUGCAGCCGGAGUUCGACUUCAACAACAAGGAUCACAAAGAAGUGCUGAUGAAGAUCAUGGUGAAGGUGAGCGACAUCUCCAACGAGGCGAGGCCGAUGGCCGUGGCCGAGCCGUGGCUGGACUGUCUGCUGGAGGAGUUCUUCAACCAGAGCGACACGGAGAAACUCAAAGGACUUCCUGUGACUCCGUUCAUGGACCGAGACAAAGUGUCCAAACCGUCCUCUCAGACCAACUUCAUCCGCUUCGUCCUCCUGCCGCUCUUCACCGAGCUCACCAAGCUGUUCCCUUGUCUGGAGCAGCAUAUUCUGGAGCCGGUGCGGCGGGCCCUGGAGUAUUACUCCGGCUUAGAGAGAGCUGGAAAAGAAGAGGAGCAGACGACCAAAGCCUGAAGAAGAAGAGGCGGUUCC